UUCGUAAACAAAAUGAUCAACUUGUCAAUGGAUUUGUUUCUCAUUCCACAUCACUAUUGAUACUAUUUGCUAUUCAGUAGUCAGUGGUUUGUACUUUGAAAAUAGUAGCGAAUAUGCAAAAGUACUUCUGGCCGGUAUUUUUGCCCAUUUUAUAUCUGGCCUUCUCGUUACCGCUAUUUCUGCGUGUCUACGCUACUGCUCCAACCGUAAUUGAUGAAGAGUUUCAUCUGCGACAAGGACUGCAUUUUUGCAAUAAGCGCUUCGAUGUGUGGGACCCGAAAAUUACAACAUUCCCAGGACUUUAUCUGGUUUCUUUGAUUCUCAUACCGUUGGGCGCGUGUACGGAAUUGGGUUUGCGAUGUAUAUCGCUUGCAGCGGCUACGGUGAAUAUAAUUGUGCUAUAUAAAAUACGACGUCGACUGCUCGGUGGUGCUUAUGGUCAGCUUGCCGCGCUCGAUGCCAUCAUUGUAGGUGCUCUGCCACCACUAUAUUUCUUUAGUCAUCUAUACUAUACGGAUACGUUGUCACUUACGACUGUGCUGCUUUUUUACUACUAUUGGCACAAGGAGUCUCAUCUACAGGCAGCUGUUUAUGCUGCAGCUAGUGUAUUGGUGCGUCAGACCAAUGUAGUCUGGGUUGCUAUGUGUUUUGGUAUAAUGGCACUGGAUGUGCUGAGCGGCAACUACGCACGCGCCAAAGGUAUUAAAAGACAGCAAGUAGAGCUACUUAAUCCAAAGGUGCUGUGGAGUAUACUUACUGCAUACCGGCUACUAGGGCGCAGCAUCUGGCAAAUAUUACGUAAAGGCUGUUAUUACCUCAUCAUAAUUCUGCCUUUUGUGUUUUUCGUCUUCCUAAAUGGAUCCAUUGUCAUUGGCGAUAAACGUGCACAUGAAGCCACCUUACAUUUGCCACAGAUAUUCUACUUCAGUCUCUUUGCACUAAUCUUCGGAGUUUCCAAUACACUGCAUGAACUGCGGCCCACUCUGCGUUGUCUGUCGCGUGAAAAACUGAUCGUACUAUUCUUGUUCGGCAUUGGCAUGCUAACCGUCAAAUGGAAUACACUAGUGCAUCCGUAUUUGCUUGCAGAUAAUCGUCAUUACAUCUUCUACAUUUGGAAUCGGUUCUACGGACGCUACGAGUGGUUUAAGUAUGCUAUGGUACCCAUUUAUGUAUUCGCCUUGGCUCUGCUACACUCUGGCCUGCAGCAUAUGCGCACCAGCUUUAAGCUGAUGUUUUGGAUAGCUACGGUGCUGGUUUUGUGUUUCCAACGCUUGCUAGAGCUGCGCUAUUUUCUCAUCCCGUUCGUGCUGUACCGCUUGCAUACACAACCGCUUGUAAAAAGGCGCUGGGCAGAAUGGCUGGAGCUGGGUUGCUAUGUGGCGCUCAAUGCCUUCACAUUCUAUAUAUUUUUGACCAAAGAAAUAGCAUGGAAGGACUACAAGGAACCACAACGCAUUAUUUGGUAAUAGUCGCAGCAUCGCUCUAUUUGCUUCAUUUUGCUAAGGAGUUGAACGCGUAAAGUAAGAUGUUUAAACUAAAAUGAUCAGGUAUUGCUUUUUGCCUAAUCGCACACAUGCACAUAGUUAUCAAUGUAUGUAAGUCAGAAAUGCGCAUAUGCUCAACGCCUAUACCUAAGAUUUUGUGUAUAAAUCAAUUUUCCUAUUUUGAUUUUUUUUUUGCAAUUCAGUU